CUUCAGGGCAGGGCACGAAGCGGAAUUAACCUUCAGGCGCCAUGUAUUAUUCCGAAGCACAUUCUUAAAGACUCAUAGGUACCCAGAACCGCCUACGCAAGCCCUGGUUUCGCGAUCAAAUGCCAACGUGGAGCGUCGGCGUCCAUUACUGCCGCUGGAAGCUCUUCACCUCCUCACGCCGCGUCAACCAUGGUUCUCGACGAUGACGAAACGAAGCCGCUCACACGGUAUUCGCACGACUCCCUAAACGAAUCGCGUGACUCAUUAGACUCAAUCUCGACCACCUCUGCAAUACUCGAGCAGAUCUCGCUCUCCAAUAAGGCACAGGUCAGUGACGACCUGAAGAAGUCGUAUAAGGAUGAGGAGCGGUCCUCCGACAGCACGCUCCGUGAACAUCCCGGCUCCUCUUUAGAUAUUGAAGAUGGGUCUGGAAAAUUCUUUGGCACUGUUAAGCCUGUGGAUAGGAAAUACAAGAGAUGUCUUUGGAUACUGGGCCUGGUUUGCGCCGCUGGCUGGCUGUCGGCCGCCCUUCUUUUCGUCAUAAAUGGAAGCUACAAGCAUGCAAGUACGACACCACACGACCCACUUGCGACGUCUUCAAGAGGAAACGGCAAGAAAGUCACUUUGGACCAGGUGAUGUCAGGCCAAUGGCGCGCCAGACGCCACGCGAUAAGUUGGAUUGCUGGACCUGAGGGCGAAGAUGGUCUGCUGCUGGAAAGAGGUGACCCAAAAAACAAGGAGUACUUGGUUGUCAGGGACGUAAGAGAACGGGACAAGGGCGUCGAGAGCCUCAGCACGAGAAUCUUGAUGGCGAAGGCGGGAUUCACUGCAAACGGCGAACACAAGUAUCCUUCGGAAACAUGGCCAAGUCCCGACUUGAGGAAGGUACUUAUCGUGACGGAUCGCCACAGUAACUGGAGGCAUUCUUUCACUGGUCAAUACUGGAUUCUGGACGUCGCAACGCAAACGGUGGAGCCUUUGGAUCCCCUAGUUCCUGCUGGCAGGGUACAGCUUGCACAGUGGAGCCCUCAGAGCGACAAGAUCGCCUUCACGAGGGAUAACAAUUUGUAUGUCCGCACGCUAAAUGCGGGUGUGAAGCAGAUCACGCAGGACGGUGGGCCAGAGCUGUUCUACGGCGUGCCAGAUUGGGUGUAUGAAGAAGAGGUAUUCGCCGAUCGGGUUGCGACGUGGUGGAGCGAAGACGGGAAGUACAUUGCCUUCCUGCGAACGAAUGAAACCGAGGUACCGACUUUCCCAAUUGAGUACUAUUUAUCACGACCUAGCGGCGAACAGCCUGCUCCCGGUCUGGAAAAUUAUCCCGAAACGAGGGAGAUAAAGUAUCCGAAGGCCGGAGCUCCUAACCCAACGGUGCACUUACAAUUCUAUGACGUGAACAAAGAACAAGUUUUCUCUGUCAAUAUUGAAGGUGAUUUUCCCGAUGACGAUCGUCUCAUCACGGAGGUUGUGUGGGCUGGCAAGGACGGCAAAGUGCUUGUUCGCGAAACGAAUCGAGAGAGUGACAUCUUAAAGGUCGUCCUCAUGGACACAGAACGCAGAACCGGUCGUACUGUUCGCGAGCAAGACGUUUCAAAGCUCGACGGGGGCUGGUUUGAAGUUUCACAAGAUACGACAUUCAUUCCACCGGACCCUGGUAACGGUCGUCCACAUGCUGGUUAUGUUGACACCAUCAUCCACAAUGGUUAUGACCAUUUGGCGUACUUUACGCCGCUUGAGAACCCGGAGCCGAUUCUUCUCACUUCUGGCGACUGGGAAGUCGUCGCCGCGCCUUCAGUCGUUGAUCUCAAGAAUAACUACGUUUACUUCAAGGCUACGAAAGAAUCCUCCAUUCAACGCCACUUCUACCGUGUCAAGCUCGACGGGAGCGGAUUCGAACCCAUCACGGAUGUGUCCCAAGAAGGCUAUUACAGCAUUUCUUUUUCUGCUGGCGGGCAAUUUGGUCUCGUCAGUUAUGAUGGUCCAAACGUCCCUUGGCAGAAGGUUAUGUCCAUGCCAGGUGUGACCGACAAAUAUGAAGAGAUGAUCGAGGCCAAUGAGGAACUUAAGCAAUUCGCCGCACAGCAUGAGCUUCCUAUCGAGACAUACGGCACCAUUGAGGUAGAUGGCUUCACGCUAAACUAUGUCGAACGAAAGCCUCCACACUUUAAUCCGAAGAGAAAGUAUCCCGUUCUGUUCUGGAUGUAUCAAGGGCCCAACUCGCAAUCCGUCAACAAACAAUGGAAUGUGGACUUCCAAGCUUUCGUCGCUUCUGGUCUUGGUUACAUCGUCGUCACAGUCGACGGCCGUGGCACCGGAUAUCGGGGACGUAGAACACGUUGCGCGAUCCGAGGCAAUAUCGGUUACUACGAGUCCACAGACCAGAUCGCUGCCGCGAAAAUGUGGGCCAAGAAGAAAUACGUAGACGAGGACCGACUCGCCAUAUGGGGCUGGUCUUACGGUGGAUUUAUGACACUAAAAACGUUGGAGCGCGAUGGAGGCGAGACUUUCAAGUACGGCAUGGCAGUUGCACCCGUGACAGAUUGGCGCUUCUACGAUAGUGUGUAUACAGAGCGCUAUAUGCACACGCCACAGCACAAUCCGGAAGGCUAUGAAAACAGCAGCAUCAAAGACAUGAAGUCCUUGCAACAGAACGUGCGCUUUUUGAUCAUGCAUGGCGUGGCAGAUGAUAAUGUGCAUACUCAGAAUACAUAUACGCUGCUGGACAAGCUUGAUCUGGCGGGGGUGGAAAAUUACGACGUGCAUGUUUUCCCAGAUAGCGACCAUGGGAUCUACUUUCACAAUGCUAAUAAAGUUGUGUAUGACAAGUUGACGAACUGGCUCAUUAACGCUUUCAAUGGAGAGUGGCUGAAGACGGAUAACCCAAGGCCAAUCGUAUUUAAGGAUGACUUGCAGACAAAAGUCAAAGUGAGGUAGUACGCUAUUGUUUCAUGUAUUGCAUUACCGGCGUUAUCGUGGAGGACCUGUCUCUUAAGCAUUGGGAAAGCCCAUAUGGAGCAAAAGCUACCGUUCAUUCCAUGAAUAAAUUUCACGACUGCGUGAUUUUUGGUCUCUUUUAUGACUCCGACGAAUUCCAUUCUCAAGUUAUUUGUUUCACAACGCGUUUACGCUGCGCUAGACAUGGUGAUCUACAGUGCGAACGAGUUAAUGUACGCCUGUCAUAUUGUGUCAUGCUAACAAAGGUGAGCCCGUUCACUUAGUUGAAUGACGAAUCGCAAACAUGUAUAGCCAAAUAAAAGCGUUAUGCAGAUAAGCUCAGC